AUUAUCAUAUCUGCUUUACUUGGACAGCAACUGCUUGAAAAUAUAAGUAGAAACCCAGUUAUGAAUGUUUAACAGUUUAAAUAAUGGCUGUCAAUGGCUUAAGUAUUAUACCAGAAAAUGGCUGGAAAUACCUCCAUGACAACCGUUACGCAGGCUACCAAAUCCACUUGACUAAUAGAAAAGAGAAUAGUGAUUGUGAAAAUAAAGUUGAGUAUGUCCAGCAACUAUUUCAACGAGAUCUGGUACCAGGCGCAGCAUGACUGUGAACAACUGGCCAUUAUCGACUACGAGCGACAACAUCAGAAUGUGGAUACCACCGUAGCUACCAUCAGUGGAGUUACGGGAGUUGUGUCUAGCUCUGUGGCUGCCGCAGCAGAAUCGAAGUCCCUGCUGCAGGCGAGUAUCUAUGAAUUCUAUUUGCGGUACAUAUGCCUGAGCAAUCGAUUGGAGGAGGUCUACGAUAACAUGAUUCAGCCUCAAAAACGUGAACUGGUGCGCAAGCUUUUGGACGCUUGUCUGGGACGUGUGGUGGAGCUGAAGCAUGAUCUGGUCAAUAUUGAUCUUAUGGAGUUUAGCUACAACGAUGAGGUAGUGGAGCGUCUGCGCCUGACACCCAUGGAAAUGGAACUGCGCAUUCCACGUUACUUUCUGCGCGAGCGUGAAGAGGAGCUGGAACUACGGAAGCGCACGAUGCACGAGCUUCUGAUUAAACUGGGCUGGCUAGAGGAGCAUCCACUAGAGGAGCCGCUCACCGAGAUAGAGGCAAUAAGACUGUUGCAGAUGCACGAGCGUGCCCGCCAAGGUCGCCUCCGAGCCCACUUUAUGAAGGAAAUUCGAAAGGAAAAGGGCAAAUCGGAAGACCGCACCGAUAAGGAACGCACUGACUCCGGCUUAAUGGCUGCCAUGAAGAUACAGAAAAUGUGGCGCGGUCAUACGGCUCGCCGAAUAACACGACGCCGCAAGAUGGACGAGAUGAUAUUGAUUGGCAUGGUGCCACCACCAGCCUCUGUGCUCAAGGAACGUAGCGAAAGGUUUGAGCGGAACAACGAGACGGACGUUCGGCGAAGACAUGUGGCACAAAAAAGCUAUGCGGCACAGUUCGAAGCACGACAGUUAGCCAUACAGGAGGAGAUUAAGCUGAAGCAUGGUGCCACCAUGAAAGAGGACAUUGCGGAUGAGAUUCGAGCCUGGAUCAAGGAUUGCUAUGACAAGACGGGCAAGCUGCCGGAUUUUCCUUCUGAGGAUCAAGGCGGCUCGCUACACAUCUUCAGUCGGCCGGGUACCGAAAGCGAACACAGUCGCUCUUCCGCGCGCUCCUCCAAAGAAUCGCGCAAGACCAAAGACAAGUCCAAGUCUCCAGCACGUAGUGGAGAUUUGAAUGUUAACGACAAUCAGGAAGAGGACGUUAACUUUCAACCAGCUGCAUCAGUUUGCCUGCCCGAUAUACGCGCCGAAAUUGAAUUCUUCAAUGAUACCUGGCGCGACAAGGAUGAGACGGGAGCACUCAGCCAAGCGGCCUACAAGGACAUGAUUUAUGCAGAAAAGUAUCAGGAAGUGGAGCUGCAGUUUCGACGCGCCGUGGACGAUGUAAUGCGCCAGGAACUGGAGCUUCUGCAGACAAUGGUAGGAAAAAAGGUAAAGAAGAGUAAUAAAAAGACACGACGCUCCGGCAAAAAGAGCAAAAAGAAGAAGGAGAAGGAUCUGACACCCGAUCGUACAAUCGAAUCCUUGUACGAGGAGCUGGUCACCAAUGGCAUCAUACGUAAAUAUCCGGAAAUUAAAUUAAAACAGUUUCUGGGCGACAAGGCGCUGACCGCACGCAAUGGAACUAAUCCCUCUCCAGGUGACAUACGUCAGGUGCUCACCGAAUACUGCAUUCUGCCGCUCGGCUCUGAGGCAAUACACAACUGUACGCCGCUUAUACGUUCCGUACUGCUAGCUGGUCCGCGCGGUUCCGGCAAGAAGGCGCUGUUGCAUGCCAUUUGCACGGAAGUUGGCGCCGUUCUCUUUGACCUAACGCCAGCUAACAUUGUUGGCAAAUAUCCGGGUAAAUCGGGUCUAAUCAUGCUGAUACAUCUAGUGCUCAAGGUAUCCAGAUUGCUUCAACCAGCUGUUAUUUAUAUGGGCGAUGCAGAGCGUCCUUUUAUGAAGAAAAUACCCAAAACGGAUCGCACCGAUCCCAAGCGUUUGAAAAAGGAUUUACCAAAGAUGAUCAAGAAUAUUGCCCCCGAGGAUCGAGUUUUAUUUGUGGGCACUACAAGUUUACCUUGGGAGGCGGAUCAAAAAUUCCUGCAAUCGGUUUAUAAUCGUUUCAUCUAUAUUCCGCGUCCAGAUUAUGGCGCCAUGUCGCAUGCCUGGAAAACGCUCUUACACGAAUACUCUGGUGGCAUUUCCAACUUGGAUACCAGUGCCAUGGCCAAAAUAUCGGAUGGCUAUACCAUAGGCGCAAUUGAUGCUUGUCUGCGCGAGGUGAUGACCUGCAAACGUAAGCUACAGCUACGAUCACAGCCUCUAACCAAUGCAGAGCUCAUUAAUGUGCUCUGUUCUCGAGAUCCCGUCUAUCGUGAGGAGGAGGAGGCUUUCGAAUCGUGGUGGUCUAAAACGCCAUUGGGUCGACGCCGUCAACGUUUUCUGGAACUUGAAGAAGAACGCAUGAUCGAGGAACAGGCACAGCAGGCCAAGCAGGGCAAUGGCAACAAGAAGAAAGGCCUUAAUUAAGCCUUUGAAGAAAC